AUGGGGAAGUCUCGCUUUCACUGGCUGUUCUUCCCUUGUCUAAGACUGACCAGCAGCUUUCGGAGGUGCCCUCUUUCAAACAGGAGUUUGAUAAUUGCGAGCGCAUGUGUUGUUUAUUUGUUGGUGGUGGGUUCACAAGUCGGAUACUCGCAGCAGCACCGGGACAGAAGGAUUGAGAGAGAGAAGUACCGGCACACCCGUGGAUUGUAUAAUUUGGAUAUCACAGACUCUGUGGAUUUGCAGACCGGUGCGAGCUUUGUGGUCCCGACGCGGUCCAACGUGGUGUACAUAACGCUUAAGUCUAAGCGCUUAAAACCAGCACAUAUUCGGGGUACAAUCAGACCAAAACUGAGGAGAAAAGUGAGGAGGAAUAAGGAUGAGGUUUAUUCAGCUUUUACGCAGAAUAAACUUGGCACUUUGGAGCGGGACGCUGGCCAAACUAAGCGCAAAUUUGCAUCCAAUACUUCACGGGGAGAAACGAGGCAUGUGUAUUACAAAUCUUUAGAAAUAAUCCAUACGGACGGACAGGCAGACUCUCACAUCAGUUCUAUACGAAUAUACAGCCAGACGGCACCGCCGUGGCUCAGCCCACAUGACGUGAAAGACAUGCGCUUUCUCGCGGAUGCCAAAGUUUUGCGCAUCAAAGAAGUUUCUCGUAGAUACUCUCCAUCACUUCUGGUAUUUGAGGGCGAGACAAGCGUUUCAACGACCAACCUGCAACACACACAACGGAGCAAUGUAUGUGGAGGGCAGUGUGGAGUUAUCAGCAGCCCCGUGGACACCACUGAGGUCUUUGCCUUUCAUCUGGACAGGGUGCUGGGGCUCAAUAGGACAUUACCAGCCGUAAGCAGAAGGUUCAGCUUCUUAUACGAUGGCCAGCCCUGUCCAGUGGUGUCAUGGGAUGCAUCUCUCUACCCAGAAGGCCGUGCUGCAGGCUGGUCCACCACAAGGUUAACAUGGGGGGAGUACCAGAGCUCCCUGAAACAGAGAUGUUGGCAUAAAAACAUCAACCCAAAGCCGGACUCUGGCUGCUCCACAGUUCAUCACUAUGAGUGGAGUAAACUGGCUCUGUUUGACUUCUUGUUACAGAUUCACAACCGUCUGGAUCCGAGCUGCUGUGGAUUCAGGCCCAGGCAGGAGGAUGUGUGUGUGAAACACAACGCUGAAUGUGGGGACCAAAACCACAUACAGCUGGCAAACAUCAUCCACAGGGGCCACGACCCCAGACACCUGGUCUUUACCAACAACAAGGGGUUCUUCGACCGCAAUGAGGACAACCUGGACUUCAGGCUCCUGGAAGGAAUCAAAGAGCUGCCAGAGCAGGCGGUGUUGGUGCUGAAGAACAAGAGGCUGAGGGAGAAGCUCCUCCAGUCUCUGUUCCUGGACCAGACAUACUGGGAGAGCCAGGGCGGCCGACAGGGCAUCGACAAGCUCAUCGAUGUAAUUGAGAGGCGGGCGAAUGUCCUCCUCACCUAUGUCAACGCUCACGGGAUCAAAAUCGUCACAAUGAAUGUGUGAUGAGAGUCAAGUGACCUCAAUAAUGCGACACAGAUAAAGUAGAAUAACGCCUUGAUCUGUGUGACUUAAUGUCCUUUUACAAGACACUGGAGCUUAAUCCACUUACAUUUUCUAAGUGACUCUGAUGUCAUCAUGUAAUGUCAUUUGCAAGUUCUUUAAUAUGAACUAUCACAAGAAAAUGUGAGCAUAAUGGUGUCAAGUGAAACUGGUCCUAAUCGUCACGACCAUAUCAUUUUACCGUGAAAUAUUGAAAAAAUUAACAAGAUUAAUGAAUAAUUAGAGAGUUCUUUCUCUAAUUAUUCGUAAAGUAACAAUUAUCACAUCGCUAAUGAAGGACUUAUAUAUUAUAAAUGGCACGACCCUUUUAAAAUAGCAUUGUGGUGGUGUUAAUAACUGUGUGAUAGAAAGCUUAUUUUGCAGUAAUGGAAACCAGUCAUUUGCAUCAGAGCCUGAGAGACGCUAUAUUUAACUCAUCAAGGUGAAAUAAUUCUUUCGGCCAUCAUUGUGUACAGAAUAUUCUGCAGCUAUAACUUUGCUCCUCCUGAGGCCUCGCAUUAAGUGUAAUUUGCUUUGUGUAUGACUGGAAUGCACUCAAUGAUACUGGAAUGAUCCUGAACAAACAAAUGCUUUAGGUAAAUCUAUAGUGAAAGUUGAAAAUGAAAAAAUAAAAAGUAUUACUCUGAAGUUAAGGGAAAAUACAGUGUUUGCAAAUCAUAUGUCUUCAGGCAGGCCACUUCAAUUUAAAUACCUUUAAAGGCACAGGGCUUUGUACUUCAGUUUCCAUGUUUUGUUAAGCAGGUUUUGGCUUGAGCACUGUGGAAUAAGAUGGUACAUUGGAUUACCUUAUCAGUUCUCAAGAAACUUCACAAGGUUUGGUUUUAGGAAAUGUAUAGAACUACUCUUUCUUUUUUCUCCGUGGCAGGCCUGAUAUUUUCAUCCUAGUUGACACGGAUAAUGAGCCUUUUGCCUUUACAGUGUGUCCGCUUUUCUUCUUCUCCUUGUUCACAUUUUUGCUCUUCUUGUUUCCAAGGGAGUAAAGAAAUUGAGAAGAUUUGGUCUUUUAGGCAGUGGAUGACAAUAAUUUGGGACAGUCCUUCUCAGCUGUUCCCAGCUGGCUGCUGCCUGGUCAGCCUCCGAACAGAGGAGCUCUUUAUUCUUGUAAACUCAGCUGAGCGCUGAUAAUCACUCUGGUUUACCAUGAUGUCACUUUUCCCACUCCCUGCCCUUCAGAGUUUGCAAGUGACCUUCAAUGAACUGUGAUUAAAAAGUAAGCAAACCAUGUGCCUGCUGGCUAUAUUGGUCAGAGCAACUUUUUUAUUGUGAGAUUUAUUUAAUAAUGCUUUGACUUUGUAUUCUAUCUUUUGUGUUCUACUUCACAAAGUACUUCACAUAUUAUCAACAUCAGGGAAUGUUUUGCAAACAUCUCUGAUCCAGAGAACAUUUAACAGAAUGUCAGCAAAGGACUUGUUCAGGACUGUUUUCAGGUAGCUGGUCACUAUCUUGUUCCGACAAAAACCAAAGUGCAAAAACAACUAUUUGUGGUUUAAUGUGGGGCUAUGUGCCUGGCUAGCUAUUUUCCCCAUGCUAAGCUAAGCUAACAUACUGCUGACUAUAUCAACAGAGGAAUCAACCUUCUCAUCUAACGUUCAGCAAGAAAACAAAAAUAGAUAUUUUCCAAAAUGUCA